AUGGGGACCAGAGUAAGACGCGUGAAAUCCUCCAAAUUCAAGCGCGCAUCAUCUUCGCCUCCCGAAACUGAGCAUGCGAAUGGGAAAAUGAGCAACGGCGUGGAACUCCGGCGCAAAGGCGCGCCGUCCGACGUGGACACCACUGCAGCCAACUUCGUAACUCGAGAGAACUUCUCCCUCGAUGAUGAACCCCCAAAGUCGAGCGCAGGCAUUGCCAACCAUGGGUUUUUCGACCUCCCUAGACAGGAUCAGCGAAACUUUUUGCUGUUGGUGCUGUUAUACUUUUUGCAAGGAAUCCCGAUGGGUCUUGCCAUGGGCUCGGUGCCCUUCCUUCUCAAGAAUCAUCUGUCAUAUGGAGAAAUUGGUAUAUUCAGUUUGGCCUCAUACCCGUACUCCCUCAAGCUCCUCUGGAGUCCGUUUGUAGAUGCGGUAUGGAGCCCUACGUUUGGUCGGCGCAAGACCUGGAUUGUGCCGAUCCAAUUUCUCUCCGGCUUUGGAAUGCUCUGGUUGGGUUCGCACGUGGAGAGAAUGCUGGAGACGAUGGGUAAGCCGGAUGGAAUCACUGUCUGGCAUUUCAUGCUGUGGUGGUUUUUCUUGGUGCUCAUGUGCGCCACGCAAGAUAUUGCUGUGGAUGGAUGGGCCCUUACGCUUCUGAGUUCCGCCAAUGUCUCCUACGCUUCGACAGCGCAGACAGUGGGCCUUACCGCUGGGCACUUCCUAUCGUAUACUGUGUUCUUGGCCCUAAACGCACCCGAUUUCGCCAAUAAGUGGUUUCGUUCUGUACCCUCAGAUGAUGGACUUGUUUCACUGGGCGGUUAUCUCAAGUUCUGGGGCUGGGCAUAUAUCAUCAUGACGAUUGGGCUUGGCCUGAUCAAACGGGAAGAAAAAUCCCAAAACGAGGACGGAGUCUGGGAGGUCUACCGGAUCAUGUGGGGUAUCCUCAAGCUCAGAAAUGUUCAGGCGAUUAUCAUCGUGCAUCUCAUUGCCAAAAUCGGUUUCCAAGCCAAUGAUGGUGUAACGAAUCUGAAACUUUUGGAUAAAGGUUUUGGGAAGGAAAACAUGGCGCUGACGGUUCUUGUCGACUUUCCCUUCGAGAUUGGAGUUGGGUACUAUGCCGGUUUGUGGUCGCAAAAAUACACUCCGAUGCGACUUUGGUGUUGGGGAUUCAUGGGACGCCUGGGAGCCGCCAUCUUGGCCCAGUUCACCGUAUUUAUCUACCCUUCGGCAGGCGUUACUUCGUGGUAUAUGUUGUUGGUCAUCUUCUCUCAUGUCUACUCAACAUUUACCAACACCAUCAUGUUUGUGGCCGUGUCGGCUUUCCACGCUCGGGUUUCUGACCCGGUCAUCGGAGGCACAUAUAUGACACUCUUGGCUACUGUUUGCAACCUGGGAGGCACAUUCCCCAGGUAUUUCGUCCUGAAGCUCGUUGACGCUUUCACCGUCGCUACAUGCACCCCACCAGGCGCCGGGGCCGAUACCUCUGCUCUCAAAGGACCGUUGGUAACAGCUGCAUUCUCAUGCUCUGUCCAGGCCGAGAAGGAGAGGUGUGAGAAUGGAGGAGGUAUUUGCGAAAUGCAGAGGGAUGGCUAUAAUUCAGUCAAUCUGCUCUGCGUUGCGUUUGGCUUGGCCACGUUCCUGUGGUACAUCAAGCCGAAGGUUACACACCUCCAAAGUCUUCCGCUCAGGGCGUGGAGACUCACGGCAGGUAACCCGAAGUAG